AUGGCUCCACGAAAGUCCUCCUCGAAAUCGGUCAGGUCGCAUCGAUCGACGUUGUCGCUGCAAAAGACAGAGAUCGUAAUCCAUCCGGGCAGAUUCUCCUCAUUUCUCUGGGCAAUCGGAACAUCACUCCUACACAGCGGUGUCGUUAUCAACGGCAGAGAAUAUGCAUAUGGCGGGCACGAUAAGAGAGGCGUCACCGGUGUGUAUUGGACGAAGCCCAAGACAUUACCACCCGGCGGCACCUUCAAGCACGAGAUCCUCCAAGGCUUCACAUUGUCGCCACAGAACGAAAUUGAUGCGAUCAUACAUGAGGUUUCACAAGAGUUCCAGGGCACGUCAUACAAUCUCCUCACCAAGAACUGUAACCACUUCACGGCACACCUCUGCCAGAGGUUAACAGGAAGGCCCGGUCCCGGAUGGCUGAAUAGAGCCGCGAGUAUCGGAGUGGCACUUCCGUGCAUAGUACCAAGGGACUGGAUCGAGCCUCCGGAAUACGACACCGCCGACGGCGAACUGCUUGACGAGAAUUCGGAUGAGAGGUCUAGGAUGCUGCGGACGUCCAGCGAGCGACCGAGGCUUGUCGAUCUUCGAGGUAAGGACAACGAUGCCGCAGCCUUGAAUCUUGAUGAAGGAAGUUCUGAGGAUGAGAAUCGCGAGGAAGAAAGGAGGAGGCGCCAGCAGCACCAGCAGCAGUUGCAUCAGCAGCAGCAGCAGCAGCAGCAGCGGUAG